CACAGCGGGGAAACAGAGCGACUCUCUGCAGCUGCGGCCUCUACUCGCGCCUCUCCUCUCCACUCGGCGCAGGCGCGCUGGCUCUGUACUGAGCGUUUGCAUUGUGUCUAAACUGCCGGUGAGCUUUAAAAACAUUCUAGCCUUCCAACCGCGGCAAUGUCGGGCAGGUCGGUCCGAGCGGAGACCCGGAGCAGGGCGAAAGAUGACAUCAAGCGGGUUAUGGCCGCGAUUGAGAAAGUACGGAAAUGGGAGAAGAAAUGGGUGACCGUAGGAGACACAUCCCUGAGGAUCUUCAAGUGGGUUCCAGUGACUGUGCCCAAAUCAGCAGAUGAUAAGAGUAAGAAGAAGAAGAAGGGGAAGGAUGAGAAGUAUGGGUCAGAAUUGACCACACCUGAGAACAGCUCUUCUCCUGGGAUGAUGGACAUGCAUGACGACAACAGUAACCAGAGUUCCAUCGCCGACUCCUCCCCCGUCAAACAGGAAACCAGCUGCAGCACUAGCCCCGCCCCUGAACCCUCUGCCGUAUCCCACGGCGAUAGCAGUGAGGCCAAGAGCGACCAGAGCCCUGGCAGCAAGAGGACGACGAGCAACCUGUCCACUGAGGGCUCAGAGAGAGGACAGGGGGACAAGAGAGACAGCAGACCGACGUCCUCAGGAGAAAAGGACACCUCAGGAGACAAGGACACCUCAGACAGCCGCGAAGCCACUCAGGAACAGGAGGAAGAGGCUCCUCCCAGUAAGAAGAGCAUGCAGGAGUCUCCAUCUCAGGACUACGAGGAGAAAUAGACGUGCUGCAUCCUUUCUAUCUUCUUCCUCACCUCCCUUUCUUCCUCCCCUCGUAGCCCCUAACACUCCUCCAAGCAGAGGGAGAAAGGACUUUGUCUCCCUCCACUAAGCCUUCUUCCUUCCCUCCUCCUCUUCUUCCACACUCACUCCCUCACUAAUGCCACGAGUAGUUCUAUGAACCAGCCUGUUAUCCCCUCCAUGGCCAGGGGUGGCGCUGUGAGCCCAGCUCUUCCCAGAAGAGAAACACUGACCUGCACCUGUGACACAAACCCACUGACAAUAUGGGACUUCACAUUCUACGCUGGCACCACCUCCCCCUAUCUCACCUUCGGUUGUUCCGGUGUUUGUUUAGGACAGUUUCCAGGUUGUUUAGUUUAGGGGUUGUUGUUUAGCCCAGGAGGGUCAAUGCGCUGUUAAGGUAUAAUGUCACAAAAACGGCACGCUGUGGUUUUACUGCUGCUGUGCUGGGUGUGGAUUUCUGUCAGUUUUGUUAUUUUAGCUUUAUUUAACUUGCUUUUUUUUCUAGAGGAAGAACAACAGUGGUUCUGGUCACGUUUAUUUUUUCGCAAGGACAUGCUUGUAGCAUACGUAGGUUUUAUCGAAGGGUGUGCUUUGAUUAUUGUGGUAUAACGUACUUGGUAGGUCAAACUGUUUUUAACUACUUUUUUAUUGUACCAUGUUUUUAUUUGCCUUACGGUUUUAACAUUGAGCUGACGCUAAUGAUUUUAUUCAGCAUUUACAUUCAACUAUAAACAGUUUCCGUUUCGCAUUGGUUACUGUUAGAAAGACAACAUGUACUGUACAAAACCGCAUUCUGCAAAUAUCUCAAAAGAAGAAUUGACUUUGAGGGAGUCAGCAGCUUCCCACGAGCCUGGGUGUCAGUCAGUUUCUCUUCCCAGCUUCUUUCCUGUCAAAAGGCAUGACGACUACAAAAGAGUUGAGGAGUUAGAGACAGAAACAUGUGGGUGUCCGGGCUAAAUUCCCACUUGGUCAACAGCAAUGACCGUUUUUUCUAUGAGUCUUCAUUGCCAUCGCGGUGGUUUAAAUGUACUACUACAUGUAUCACCUUUCAUAACCUCCCCUCAGUGUCCAGUCCGUCUUGUAGUUCAAACUGUGGCUCAGAUUCUCAUUCAAGGUGCUCUCUGUGGGUCGCAACCUAACUUCAGGAUGGAAGGUACGCAUAUUCGCACAAAUCUGUCAACUCCACACACACACACAACAAAAUAAAUCAGCCUCAAACCUAUUUAUGUAUGUUUUAUGUUCGGGUGACAUGAUCAAUCAAUAAUCAUUGAUCCCCCCCCCCCCCGGAAAUCAAUGAGUUCAGUGAGUUCAAGAGCGUGAGCCUGUCUGACCGACUGUUUAUCAGCGGAUACACACAUCCAAACAUCAGUUCAAUAGAGAGAAAUGAAAUGACAUUUCAGUGGAGACAGAGGACGGCUUUAGCAUAUACCUCAUUUACAGUCCAGCAGAGCUGGUACUAGUGAUGCUAUGUAAUUGACAAGAGAAGUAUGUACAACAUUCCGUUUUUUAGAUAUCUUUUAUGUUUUAGCUUUCACUUGAUUCUGAUUGAACCGGUUAAUGCUUCUAGUUUAACUCAUAUGAACUGUGUAUAUAAAGAGCUGAGAACAUGUCAGAUGCUUGUUUUCUUGGGACCAUAUUGUUUCAGUUUAGAAUGAUCUUGUACAGGUUGAUGGUUUGGUUUGACUUAUUUAUUCCAUCGCUAGUGCUCAGAUUUGAUCAUGUCCAAUGGUUUUGUUUUAUUAAUAAAAAGCCCCAAAAUAUU